AUGUCCCACUACAGCCAGAGCAACACCGUGCCCACCUGGCUCCAGGACAACACCUCGCUCUGGGGCUACGUGGACCUUCCAGCUCAGGUACCCCACGCGUGCUUCUCUUCCCCUCCAGGCGCCCCCAGUCCUCCGCCCUGCACCCUCCGAAAACACAAAAACAACCGCAAGCCACGGACGCCCUUCACCACCGCCCAGCUGCUGGCGCUGGAGCGCAAGUUCCGCCAGAAGCAGUACCUGUCCAUCGCCGAGCGGGCCGAGUUCUCCAGCAGUCUGAGCCUCACGGAGACACAGGUGAAGAUCUGGUUUCAGAACCGCCGGGCCAAGGCCAAGCGGCUGCAGGAGGCCGAGCUGGAGAAGCUGAAACUGGAGGCCAAGCCGCUGCUGCCCGCGUUCGCCCUGCCCUUCCCCCUGGGCACCCACCUUCAAGGCUCCCCGGGCGCUUAUGGCGGUGCUACGGGCACCCUGCCUCAGGUGCCAGGACUCUUCGCAGCGCCUAUCACCGCUUACGGUGUGUAUUACCUCUCCUAGGGGACUUGGCACACGCCUUGCCAGGUGGUGGCCUGGGGGGGCCGGAGGGGAGGGUGGCGCAGGACAGGGCGAGCUGCGCACCCCUUUUCCAGGAAAACCCCCUGCGUCCUGUCCGUCUUCUUUUGUUUUGCUUUUCAGGUUUUUGUUGUUGAUACAAUGUUAUAAUUGAUGCCUCAAGCUUAUUUGUGGGUAUCUUACAGAUAUUUAAGAACUUAAAAAAAAUAUAUUUGUUCUAAACGCUUUCCUGAAAGACAGUGAACACAGUUUCAUACGGUGGCCGGGUGGAGCUUCCUAUUUUGUACAAGGCAGCCAAUAAAGUAUUCUGAAGUUUA